CUGUAAUUUAGUGUAAAAGUUAUUGGUUGCUUCAAACCAGCAUGUCGGUAGGAAUAUUGUUCUCAGCAAGCCUCGAGAAAAAAGACGCCAGACUACAGUGUCGACAUCGCUUCUUUCGAAUUCUUCUUUUUCUGCUCGUCACUUGAUUGCUGCGGGGAAGUUGGACCGUGCGCCAUGCUCAGCUUCUCGGUGGAGGCCAUCUUAUCCAAACCGUCCUCCCACGGGCAGGACAGGUGCGAGCCCUCGGCGGGCGGAGACAGGGAACAUGCAGGACCGUGGCGGGCAUGGACUAACCCCGUCCCAACACCCGACGGUCCGCCCGGGUACUGCUCGGUACAGCCGCCGUGGAUGUUCCAUCCCAGUCCCGCACUUUUCAUGCCUUCCUCUGCGGAGAGCAUCCCAGUUACACCCUCACCGAGUUCAAGUUCGAGUGACUCACAUAUUGGACACUCGGCACACAGUGGCACAGACGUUCUAUCGUCCCACCAAGGACAUGAGGAGGGCUCCGGAGAACAGGCGUGCGACGAGACACACCUUGACCUUGACGACGAUGGGGAGGGGGAUAACAGCCCUGACCCUACCGCGGCUGAAGGCAGCUCAGAGCCCGAGGACAGCCGCAGACGGCAGAGGAGACUGUUCAGCGGGCACCAAGUCAUGGAGUUAGAGACGCGCUUCUCGGAGAAAAACUACCUCAGCAGGAUCGAGAGGAUUUGUCUGGCAAAUGCAUUGAACCUGAGUGAGACGCAGGUGAAGACGUGGUUCCAGAACAGACGCACAAAGGCGCGGCGGAAACACCUGACCGGGCGCUACUGGGGCCGGUGGCCGGGCGGGUACCGCGUGCAGCACGGCCUGACCUACGGGCCGCCGGACGACACCAUGCGGGCUGCUAUCGACGACCUGAUCCGCCGGUACGAGGACGGACAGGUGGAGAUCAGACUGACUAACUACUAACUACCACCAUUACUGUGUCACUUACUAUUAUAUGACCUGGCCUACUUAUGAUGAGAAAAUAUAACAUGUCCGGGCCGGAUCUGCUUAGAGAUUACUUUUUGUCCGGAUGCCUCUCAUCCAAAGAGAUUUACAAAACAAACUGAAGCCAUGUAUCUGCUUGAAUACUACAUGUAGUAUCAUAAACUAACACUGUGCUGAACUUCAGUCGUUCCAUCUGCAUGCGUAGACUGAAUGGAAGUCAAUGCUGACAAACGACCGGUUCAGAAAUAUGUGUAACGUUAGUUACCUAGUGUGAAGCGUGAAAGGUUGUUGCGACGACUGUAUCGUUUAUAUGAUAUAUGACUUUUUUGUUCGGUUCUGUUCAGUUAUGAGUUGUUACUACCUUUACAUUUCAUUAUUUAGCAUAGUAAACAGCAUUUUUGUUGUAAAAGAAGGUAUCUCAGGAAUAGAAGUGAUGUACAAUCAUUAUUGCUCGUAUUGCAAUAUGAAAUUUCGAAAUUCGUAUUAUAGAAGAUUAUUGGUAUUAGAUUAUCAUUUAGUUUGUUAUAAGUACUAUGCAAGACGUG